GAAGAAGCUAACUUCAAUCUGGUCACACUGCAAGCCAAAGCAUUUAUUUCACACGCAAAAUAAUACCACAGAUAAACCGACAAAUUACGGCCUUAAAAUGCAAUCAUUUGGGCCUAAAAGAGUCUAAAUUUUGCAUCCGUCUAGUGUGAGUGAUGGAUGUUUAGGCGGCAGAGAGAAAGAGAGAGGGAUUCCGUGUCCUAGUCCCAAAGCCCGCACGCCCGCCAGCAGCGAGUGCGGGAGCAAGGCCAAAAGAGGGAAACGAGAGAGAGAGAAAAAGGGAGAGUGAUUCUAAGUGGGAACUCCUCCAAAUUCUAUAUAUAUAUAUGAUCCUGUUAACACGGCCAAAAUGAUGCCCUACAAUGUGCGCAGCGCCGGCGGCGGCAGCGUUGGCGGCAUACUCCGUAAGACUGGAGGAAUUGGAUCCACCGUCACCAUUCAUGCAACCGCUGGCCAUAGCAAUGGAACCAUAGCAGCAGCGUCAUCGUCGUCAGCGGCCAGUCUGGAGGCACGCCAACCGCCGCUGGAGCUGCUCGUCUUUGGAUACGCCUGCAAGAUAUUCCGCGAUGAUGAGAAGGCCCGCGAAAUGGAUCAUGGCAAGCAGCUGAUCCCCUGGAUGGGCGAUGUAAAUCUCAAGAUAGACAGAUAUGAUGUGCGUGGUGCACUCUGUGAAUUGACGCCACAUGAGGCGCCACCGGGUGGCUAUGGCAACCGUCUGGAAUAUCUCAGCGCCGAGGAGCAACGCGCGGAGCAAUUGUGCGAGGAGGAGCGUUACCUGUUCCUCUACAACAACGAGGAGGAGCUGCGACUGCGUCAAGAGGAGGACCUCAAGCGGUUGCAGCAGGAGACCUCCGGUGGCAGUUACAGUCAGGUUGGCUUCCAGUACGAUGGCCAGUCAGCGGCAUCGAGCACGUCCACGGCUCCGGCCCAACUCUCACCGAAUUCCGAGGAGAGCGAGCUGCCCUUCGUCCUGCCACGCACCCUGAUGAUGGCCCCUCCGCUGGGCAUGCAGUUGCCAGAGACCAUGAAACAGCAUGCCAUUAUUGAGAAGACGGCUCGUUUCAUUGCCACCCAGGGUGCCCAGAUGGAGAUCCUGAUCAAGGCCAAGCAGGCUAACAAUUUGCAGUUUGAUUUCCUCACCCAGGGAGGGUAUCUGCAGCCCUACUAUCGUCACCUUUUGGCUGCCAUCAAAGCAGCUAAAUUUGCACCGGCUCCCGAGACUCCCCUGGAUCAGCAGCAAAAUUCUGAUCAGCCAGACUCUCAGUUGGGUGAAUCCCACAGCGAGGAUAGUGCCACGGGCAAGAGGGGCAAUAGCCAAGUGGUUAUUACAGUGCCCACCAUCAAGUACAAGCCAUCGGCUAAUUGCGCCUACACCCAGCUAAUUAGCAAGAUUAAGGGAGUGCCUCUCCAAGCUGUCUUGCUGGAAGACGAGAGCAGUAAUCCCGGCAAUUCCCAGCACUCUAAUGGCACCGCCUCACCCACGCUAAGCUGUAGGUCCGAUGGUCACAGCCAAGGCGGAGAAUUCACUCCCGUGUUGCUCCAAUACAAUGGCAGUACCUUUACCCACGAGGAGGAGACCACAACGACAGUGCAGGAACAGUCUGAGGCAGGUAGCGAGGGAAACACUGGAGAGCCACCGCAGGUGGAGCUACUCAAAAACACGAGUGCUCUGGCCUUGGCUCAGAAUUAUAGUUCAGAGAGCGAAGAUGAAGAGGAGGAGGAGCAGCAGCAGCAGCAACUUUUAGCCAAAAGCAAGCAAAAGGAGCCGCAAAAGCCAGAGCCCGUGCUUACCUUUCCCGUUCCGGAGGAGAGUCUGCGUCAUAUUAUUGACAAGACGGCCACCUACGUUAUCAAGAAUGGACGCCAAUUUGAGGAGACUCUGCGCACGAAGAGUGUGGAGCGGUUUAGUUUCCUGCUGCCAGAGAAUGAGUUUUACGCUUAUUAUUUGUACAAGGUGACUGGCGAUGUAGAUGCCGCCUCCAAGGAGGAGAAAACCCGCAAAGCAGCCGCCGUGGCUGCUGCACUUAUGUCCAAAAAGGGUCUAAGUUUUGGUGGAGCUGCAGCUGCAGCCGCUGGCAAUGCUCUGGAAAAGGCCCCUGUAAGUUUCUCCAUACGCGCCCGGGAUGAGAACGGCCCAUUGCAACCCCUUCUUCCGCAGGAGGCCAGCGACGAGGAGGCUACUGGAGCCGAGAAUACGCGUCCCGGCAUGCCUGACAGUGUACAGCGAGCAAUAAAGCAGGUGGAGACUCAACUUUUGGCCAGAACUGCUGGUCAAAAAGCGGGCUCUGUCACAUCUUCCUCGCCGCAGAAAGAGCAGCGACAAGCCGAAGAGCGCGUAAAGGACAAGCUAGCGCAGAUAGCCCGAGAAAAGCUGAAUGGAAUGAUAUCUCGGGAGAAGCAGUUGCAACUGGAAAGAAAGCGCAAGGCCAUGGCUUUUCUUAAUCAGAUAAAAGGCGAAGUUACUACUGUGGGCAGUGCAUUGCCCAGUGCCCCAGAGCCGGUGGCAGGAGCUUCUCCUACGGCUGCCGGUGAUAGUGACAAUGAGUCCAACGAAUCUGUGCGCUCUAUACCUAUUACCUAUUUUGGACCCGAUGACGAUGAUGAAGACGACGAUGAUGAGGAAGAUGGCCAAAAGAAGCUGGAGAAGAAACAGAACACGGAACCAUUGAAGGCUGACAAUGAAGAAGAUGAGGACGAGGACGAUGAUGAGGAUGGCUUCGAUUUGGAAAAGUACAAUUUGCUGAAUGACGAUAGCACGAAUACCUUUACCAGCAAACCCGUGCGAGCUCCCCCGGUACCUACUCCUCCUCCUCCUCCUGCUCUAGGUCCCACGCAAGCUGCCGCCGUCCUUCUUUCCGAUGACGAUGACGUCCAGCUGGUGUCCACAUCCGCACGAGUUUCUACAAGUUCGCGUCACCGCAAGACCCACCGCCGGAGUAGGAGUCGCAGCCGAAGCCGUUCUAGCAGUGCUUCCAGUCGUGAAUUCUCCUCCUCUCUACGACGUCGACCCAAGGGCAAGCCCUCGAAGGAAUCAUUGUUGCAUCAGCAGCAGCAGCAGCAUCAGCAGCGGCGAAAGAGCCCCAAGAAGCGUAGGCGUAGCAGGAGCAGAAACCGAUCUAGAACUAGGUCCAGGAGCAUUCGAAGGAGCAGAAGCAAAAGCAUAUCAAGGCCGAGUCGCAGGAGCCGAUCGAGAAGCCCCUCCAGCAGCCGAGAUCCAGACCAGCGGCGCAGACAGCGACGACAGCGUACGCCCACCAAGAAGAGCAGCAAGCGUCAUAAGCGACGACGUCGGAGUAGCUCUCCCUGAUCCAGCUUCUGGUUCAUUCAUCAUCAAUAUCACUCCGAACGCUUUUCGUAGUGUUUUUCCCCCCCACAGAAUUGUAUCAAAUAAAGGCACCAACAUAUAUUUUUGUAAA